UCCACAGAUUUAAAAAAAAAAAAAAAAAAAAAAAAAACCCAGGGCUUUACCUCAGCAGUAACAUCAGGAGCAGAUUUGUUACAAAGUGCACGGUUUUGCGGGGAGAUCUGUGAAAUUUAUGCCUCUUCCUGAUGGAAUUGCUGAACACCUGAUUUACAUGUUCGAACAUUGUUAAUAAAGUAGAAGGAUAUAACUAUAAAUAUCGUUCGAACAUUGGUAAUAAAAUAGAAGGGUAUAACUAUAAAUAUCGUAUUUCUUUAAAAAAAAAUUGAUGGGAGUUUAUUAGAAUACAUCGCCUGGAUAAAUAAAUAAAAUAAAAAAUGGGUCAUACAACUUCUCCAAGUCUAUCUGCGAGUGAAAUUGGGCCCGCGUGUUAACGGCCUUAGACCGAAAAGUAGAGAGGCCGUCGGCAGGCAGCGGGUUAUAAUUUUUCCGACCCUUUUAAAAAAAACAAGCGCAGAAAUCAAUCCUAGUCUAUCAGGGUCAAAAAUAACAAGCCGGUCCGAUUUCGAAAUUCGAAGUGCUGCUGAGAGCAGUUGGAUUGGUUUGUGAAGUGAGCAAAGUGGAGAAGAGAAACUUUGAAUGCAAGAAGCUCGACGAAGGAAUCGGUUUCCCAAUAUGAGAUCAAACAUCGUUUCUGAGGCUGGAUUUUCCACAAGGAUGCGGCAAUGGUGGGAAGGAAUUCCAUUCCUCACUUCUGCAGUGGUGGUAGUUUGCGGGGUUAUUUACUUGGUUUGUCUACUUGUUGGAUAUGACUCAUUUGCCUAAGUAUGCUUCUGGCCAUCUGCAGUUGUUUCACGGUUUCAAGGCUAGUAGUUAACUUGCUGGUGCUUUGUCCUCUUCAACUUAGUUAAAAGAUUUUUUAUCGUUUCCUUUUGAAUGUGAUAUUUAAUUUAUAAACCUCUAAGAAAUUUAUUUAUCUUGACUCUAGAAAAGGAAGAAUUUAUUUGUUCUUGAUCUUAAGAAUUCAGCUACUGAUAGCCCUUCUCUCUUUCUCUUUCUCUUUCAGUGGCAAAAUGAACUUGAAAAAUUCUCAUCUAGAAUGGACUGUUGUUCAUGUUUCUACAUUUCAUCCUCAUCGCAUGUGAGGCGAAUGAUGCUAUUGACGUUAACUGUGUUUUUUUCUUUUUUGUCCUCCCCCCUUUUCUUAUUUGCAGUGUACAGGAUCUAUACCUCAAUACUUUUUCAUGGUUCUUUACUUCAUGUGAUGUUCAAUAUGUUAGCUUUGGUUCCUUUGGGAUCUGAGCUUGAGAGAAUUAUGGGAUCUGUCCGCUUGAGCUAUGUGACAAUUUUGCUGGCCACAAGCAAUGCCAUAUUUCACCUUCUUAUAGCUUUUUUGGUAGCUCAUAAUCCUUUUCGUUCUUCCAAUUAUCUCAUGAACGAGUGUGCUAUAGGCUACUCGGGGAUCCUGUUCUCUAUGAUUGUGAUAGAGACAAGUUUAAGUGGAGUUCAAUCUAGAAGUGUGUUUGGACUUUUCAAUGUGCCUGCUCAAUGGUAUGCAUGGAUCUUAUUGGUGGUUAUCCAGCUUCUUGUGACAAACGUAUCCCUACUUGGACAUCUCUGUGGUAUUUUGUCUGGAUUUGCAUAUACUUAUGGGUUAUUCAACAUGUUAAUUCCCGGGUCAUCCUUUUUUUCAUGGAUUGAAUCAUCCCCAUGGCUUUCAUCAUGUGCUAGGAGACCGAAAUUUAUAGCAUGCACAGGCGGGAAUACUUCAGGCUACAUUCCCACUCACACAAGUCAAAGUCUAACAUCCAGUGGGUUGCUUUCAGGAAAUGUUUGGAGGAACUUCUCAUCAUGGAUGCCACAAAGAGAGACCUCUUCUCAGUCUGCUGAAAACGAUAGUAGGUUUCCUGGAGCAGGAAGAACGCUUGGUUCUGCUUCAAGUCAAACAGCAUCUGCUGGCAAUCCCGAUUCAAGCUUACAGGCUAGACUCCUGGACAAUGACAACACAACAGACCAUCCAUCGCCAACAGGAGAAAGUGCUACUGGCCAACAGUUGACAGAUGGAAGACAGCGGACAGUUGAUAGUGCAGCUGUGCCGGUCACCAGAGUGCCGAGUCAUCAGGGCUCUGCUGAAGACAUACAGAAACUUGUCGCCAUGGGUUUUGAAAGGACGCAAGUGGAAGUGGCGUUGUCUGCUGCUGAUGGGGAUGUGAACGUAGCUGUGGAAAUUCUCAUGAGCCAGCAGGUAUGAUGCUUAUUUUGCGGUCAGGAAGUGCACCAACUUUUAUUGAGGAUUUUCGACAGCCUUAUAAAACCCCUGUUUCUGGAAGCUCCAAGAAUUGGCUUCCACGUUAGGAAGUAGUUUUUUAAAUCCAUAUUUCUGGAAGGUCAAGGAUCCGACUUUUUUUUCCUGGUGUUGUAUAUGUGCCGCCAAUCUAACAUUGACUCUGUAUAAAAGGCUCGGAGAUUUUUUCCUCGACUUUGUACAAAUUGUUAAGAUAGUGAUUUUGAAUCAAAUAGUGCGAGUAUUGCUAGCUUCCACGG